AUGCAAAAUGAAGACUGCAAACUAUUUUUUAUUAGGGUGUUGAAUUCUGAGUUGUCAACCCAGACUCAAGUUAUCAUCUCAAAACUGAAGUCCUUGGAUGAUGCCAUUGGCCUACAAAAUAGUAAUUUCAAUGAAUUCAGGAUGAAGACGGAUAAUCUUUCGUACUCUUCCAUGAAGAUUCUGGAGGAGAAUGAAAAAGUUGCCAAGACAAGAGUUGAACAGAGUGAGCAGGAAAUAAAAAAAUAUUCAGAUGAGGUUAAAGGAAAAGUUGAAAUAUCAGAGAUUGAUUCAGAGACAGAGGGAGUUGAAAUUUCCAGACUGGGCAGAAAAAUGGAAGAUGAUCAAAAAUCUAGACCAGUUUUGAUUCAGUUUGCAAAUAUAAAUACCAAAAAUUUGCUACUUGCAGAUUGUUACAAACUUAAAAAAUCAGCAAUUUUUAAUAAAGUAAUUGUCAAUCAUGAUCUUUCCAAGGAAGAAAGAAGUAACAGCAGAAAACUUUUGGAAGAAAAAAGGAAAGAAAUAAGUGCCAAAGAGGACAUAACAAAAUGGUCAUUCAGGCUCAAAGGAAAACCAAAUACUUUGUCUAAUAAGUUUGGAGAUUUACAAUCCUUGUUGGGAAGUUUAAAAUGUACACCUGAUCUGAUUGCUUUAAUGGAGGGGUAUUCAAGUUUUGCUUCUGAGUUUUCUUAUGUUGGUAGAAGGGCACUUUUGCUGUUUUAUAAAAAGUCUUUGUUAGUUUCAAAAGUUGGUAUGGUCUCAGAAUUCAAAGAAUAUAUGACUGUGAAGCCAACAAGAUUUAGAUUUGGUCAGUCUGCAGAUAUAUUGGAUUUAGUGAUUUCAUCACAAGAGUUUGUUAAAAACGUGAAAUUUUAUUCACCUCUUGGGAGCAGCGAUCACUCAGUGGUUGAAUUUAUGAUUGCUGAGACAUCGGCAAAAAUAUUGAAAAUAAAGAUAAAUUUAAGUUGUUAUAGAGACCAACUGGCGAAAUUUCAAACGAAUUGA